GCGGAGACCAACAAUCCAUCACCCUCUCGUCCAGCUUGAAGUCCGCUAGUCAAGGGUAGAAUUACAACUUGACGAAAGAAAGUCCUCCCAAUCGUGCUAGGACGCGCUGCCUAGCCAUGGUUUAUAAUGGCAUACAUAGGCCGUCUUCCCACGUGCUUGCGGUUGAAGCAUGAAUGCAACGAUGUUAGGACUUUCGACCGUGCUGUCUCAGGCACUUCUUUCCUUCGCCGGGCUUGCCUCAUUAGGGGUGGGAGCUGCUACCCCAUCGGAGCGUCAGUGUGAAAAUGCCCGCUACGAAAACAAACACAGGGCAUUCGUACUCACGGAUAUGUCCAAUGAGCCCGACGAUCAGAUGAGCUUGGUGAGGCUCUUGACGUACUCAAACGAAAUCGACAUUCGAGGCAUUGGCGUGGUUACAAGUGUAUGGAAAAACUCCUCAAUUGACGACGAGACAGUUCGGCUCGUCAUCCACGCCUAUGGCAAUGUGACCGAAUCUCUCGAUGCCAACUCGCCGAAAGCCGCACCCUAUCCCUCAGCAUCAGAGCUCCUCUCGAAGGUGCACGUUGGCCAUCCAGUUUACGGACUUGCCUCCCUGCAGCUCAAUACCAGCGACGCAGCCCUCGCCCUCGUCAAAGCCGGAGACGAAGCAUCGCCCACCGAUCCCCUCUACGUCCAAUGCUGGGGUGGCGCCGCCGUCCUCGCCGAAGCCCUCCACCUCGUCUCCUCAAUCCGCUCCGCAAACGCUACGUCCGCCUUUGUGUCCAAGCUCCGCGUCUACUCCAUCUCCGACCAAGACGACGCCGGCCCUUGGAUCCGUCAGCACUUCCCCGCUCUCUCCUACAUUGUCUCCCUCCAUUCCUUCAGCGAGUACGGCCGCGCAACCUGGAACGGCAUCUCAGGGGAACUCUUCCGCUUCUUCGACAUCGGCGGCCCCGACUCCUCCCUCGUCACCAACGACUGGCUGCAGUCCCACAUCCGGCUCGGCCCCCUCGGCGCACACUACCCGCGCUUCGACUUCAUCAUGGAGGGCGACACGCCAGCCUUCUUCCCGCUGAUUCGGAAUGGCCUGGGCGAUCCGGAACACCCCGAGUGGGGCAGCUGGGGCGGCCGGUGGAAGGCAUUGGAUGCGAGCGGGAAGGUGAAUGUGUUUACCGAUGCGACGGACUGGGUUGUUGGCGCGAAUGGGCAGACGUAUCUUACGAGCUAUGGCACCAUUUGGAGGUGGAGGAGGGAGUAUCAGUUCGACUUUGCGGCACGGAUGCAGUGGACGCUUGGAAAAGCCUAUGAAGAGACAAAUCAUGCGCCGGUGGCGAUUGUGAAUGGGUCCUGUGGACCCGAGGUGCUGCAAAUGGCGUACAAGAAGAACAAGACAGUUUUAUUGGAUGCAUCGGCGAGCUGGGAUCCGGAUGGUGAUGAGCUAAGAUGGAAGUGGUUUCACUAUUUGGAUGUGACGGAGAGGGUGGAGGGGAAGUCGCCGUUUCCGUCGAAGUUUGUCAGGGUUGAGGAACUGGGUGAAAAUGGGGGCGUGGUUGCGGUUACGCCGCUGUAUAACCAUACUAUACAUCUCAUCUUACAGCUAGAAGAUAAUCGUGACAUGGAACUCACUACGUACAGACGUAUUAUCUUGUACCCGACUGCAUGAUUCACGUUGUAGUCGCGUUCUGGUGGCUGAGAAGUUAUUAGUUGCACUGGAAGGACACAGUGUGCACCCUUUUUUGUUUUUAAUCCAGGACAACAGUUG